ACUUUUUAUGCAAAUGUACUUGAUGCGAUGAGGGGUGGGGCUGUUUGGGAAUUUCCCUUUGAUGUAUACAUGCACUGCAGUUAACUCACAGCCGAUCGACCAGCUUCAAACUACAAGACUGCCAAAAGAAUAUAGGUAUGCACUGACGGGGCUGGAAAGCAUUGAGACACCAAUGAGACACUGAGCGAGAACAUGGUUACCAUUGCACAGUGCAAGGAAAUCCUCUUCGUACGAGCAGCUGUCUGUUGUGCUAUAAAGGAUGUCAAGAUUGAGAGGCAAAUCAGUUCACUCUUCAAGCCUUCAGCAGCAAAAACAACCCUCCUCAUCGAUCAACUCUACUCUCACUGAGCAAAUAACAACAACUAACAAUGUCCGCCUUUAAAGCCGUUGCCUGUGUCGUCUUCCUCCUGGUUAUCAGUGCAUCUCACUCGAGAUCCAUGACUACAACAACGCAGAUUCCGGACAUGACUUCAACAAUGCCUGCUCUGGACCUGUGCAGUGAUGCAGACUACAAAGAGCGUGUUGUUCGUCCCACCUACAUUGAGAGCUCUCACUUCCUUUCUCUCCUGAACACCACCGAGACCCAAAUAAAACAGCUGGAUGAUCUGAACGUGACUCGUGGUGUGUGUAGGGUACUGGCUGCUCACGAGACCGCCACGAGGGUGGGAAGAAAUACUAUGUUCCAAAAGAAAGUGCGAACUGACUCCAUUUUGGUACAAUUUUUUAUUGGAGGCCCUCACAACAACUCUACUGAACAUUUUGAUCCUAGUUUUGAAGCUUCCCUGGACUAUCUCCGAAAAUAUUGCCUGUACAAGUUUGGUAACGAAUAUAAUGCUUUGUACAACUUCAUGAGAGUACUGGAGGACCUAGACGGUUGCCCAACGACGGAAGAAACAGAUGCAUGAAUAGAGAGACACUAUAUAAACUAUAAUAGUCAUAGAUUAUAAUCAUAGCCUCAUUGUCAUUAUAAUUGUAUCUACC